UAUGUGAUGUAUGAUUUGAAAACAAAAAGUUGUGCCAAAAGAGAUGCAUGAAAAAAAAAGAAUGAAAUUAAAUUCGGUGGCCAAACACGUUUUCGUCCGACCAAACACGAUUCGACGAUCGAGGGAACAACUGCGCACCCAAUCAGGCAAAUGGCGUUACUAGCUCGAGUGACGAUAACAAUCGCGCUUCUACACUCGAUGACACCGACGGUGAAACCCCGUGGCAUCGACACCUACCACGAGGAAUGGACUUUUCAAAAGAAAGAAAUCAUCCUCAGCCGAGAUCUGUCGACCCGGGAGUCCAACAGCGCGGGCGAAAACAGCUUUCUGUACGCCCUAUGCGAGGACGGGCACUGGAAGCCGACCAAGACCUGCAACGUCGUGGUCGAGCACUACACCCCGGAGCACAUCACUUACAGGAGCACCUGCAGGUUGAAUCUGGCCACUGGCAAGGAAAGCCGUAUGAUCGGGAGGAACUUCAUUUUGACGCACCUGGGAAACACGAAUAGGGCACUUUUCGCAUGGCUGGAUCGAGAGAGGACCAAUUGGGCGGCUCACGAGGUUUACCUCUGCGUUCGCGUGGUCGACUGGUCCAGUUGUAAAUCCACCGAUGUCAAAAUUCCGAUAGACCCGCAAAACGACCUGGUCGACGAGAUCGUCUUCAACAACGUUUUGGCCCGCGACGAUACCUUCGAGGUGUUUUUCAACGGCAAAGAGCUCUGCCGCACCGGCCGGUGCAAAAUGACGUUCAACGCCGACGGCCAGCGUAUAGGCCAGCCCGAAUCUUUCUUGCCCAAAGAGGAGCUGACGACACCUCUGUCUAUGGUCCUACCUGUAAGCAACAGCACAGCAUUCAAGGGGUACUUUGUCAUCGAGUGGACGUCGAAAACACUGGCCGUUAAGCUCGUGGGUGCAGACGGCAGUGCAAAGGAAGCCACGAGGGUCUUGUUGGAGGGUUACACGAAUUUCGGCGUGUCCAGUGGGUUCGAGGUUUUUGGGGUGUGCUGGUUGCCCAUGCACGGCGAUGCCACGGUCAAGUGCGCUCAAAUAGACUCGGGUGGCGAGGUGAUACUGAACGUGACCUUGAACUUUGGUUACAGGGUGAUGCUCGUGAGGAUGCACAAUUUGGUUGGCGGUGGGUUUUUGCUGCUGCAACUGGGGUGCACCGAUGAUUUUUGCGUUGGUUACAAAACGUUUUUCGUGAGCAGGAUACGCGGUAAUGGUCGCCAUGAUAAUCGGCCACUCGAGAUCAGCGGGAUCGAUUUGGACGUUUCGGUUUUGGACAGGUACAGGGUCAACCUGUUCGAGAGGGCUGGUGACGAGCUUUGCGUGAGUUUCGCUGGACCGGCUACCCUCAGCGAGUUUGACAUCAUCCAACAAAAGCCCAGGAUGACUUACGUAAGCAAGUGUUUCGAUAAAAAAUACGUUAUCGGCUAGUGAAAGUGUCCCAUCGGUGAAAAAAUAAAAGCUUUUUUAAAACUGACACAUGCAGCGCUCCCGACGCUUUGGCUCGGCUCUAUACCAUUUUGGGUGGUUAAUAAGCUAUCAAAAAAUUUUUAAGGAGGAUUUUCAUUUAAGAUGACGAAAAAUAAAUACACUACAGCACGUAUUUUUUCAAAAAGUGUAAUUAUUUGAUCCAACGACUGUUUUUGGGAAUUUAUUGUUUUGUAAAAAUAUUUUAAAUACUUACUUCUUCACAAUCAUAUAGUUUAAGUUUGCACUUAUGAGCUCAUUCGGCAAAAAUUCUUUCAAUAAAUGCAAAAGUAGGUACAGCA